UUGCGGUGUGUGCGGUUCGUAUUCAGGAAUACAAUCACAAUUUAGCGUAUAUCAUGUUGCCCCAAGAAAAACAUAUUAGGAAAGUGAUCAAAGGAUGUUUCGAACGGGGAGUCCAAGUCUCCGAGGAACUUACAUAUGUAUUUUUUAAAUGCUGGUUAUUAAAUCCCAAUGUGAAGAAUUUAAAAAAACAACCGUUAAAAAUUGCAAUGGAUAAUAUUAUAAACCAGUGUAUUCAGCGUUUAUCUGUACAAAAGGACCCAGCUAUAUUAUGCAUUAAAAUGCAACUACUCGUAGAGAACGAUUAUAAAAAUAGAGGAUUUAUCAUAAAUAAGGUUUAUGAAGAAAAUAAUCAAAAAAUUAGACCAUUGUUGAACGACAUUCUAGAUAAUAUAGAUCACGCGGGCCACACAAUGAGCAUCAACAAUCAAAAAAUAAUACAGUAUAUAAUUUUAUCAAACUAUAUGGGAGAUCCAACUUCACCAAUAUUAGUUCAGGAAAUUUCUGAUACAUUAAAUAGCGUAUUAAAUCGAACAAAAUUAUCAGAAUUUAAAAACCAAUUAUCAUCUUUAAAAAUAAACCAGUUAAAAGAAAUAUCGAAUUCAGUAUGUGGCAUUUGGCUUUACAACAUGGAUUGUAAAAAUAUUAGAGAAGAUACAUUGGAUAUGAUAGAUACACUUCCUAAUGCCGUCGAUUUGCUUCUACAAAAUAUUGAACAGGAGAUGAGAGACAAUUUUAAGAAAGUGACAAUGAUAACUUCAUGGAUAUUUCAAUACUAUAAAGUAUACAAUGACAUUUUAGCUCCAAUAUUUGUUAUACGGAUAAAUUUAGCAGCUGUUACAUUAAAAAAACUAAACGAUAAUAAAACUGCAUUGGUAUUUUAUCUACAGUACCAAAAAAAUUUAGAAACCAUCAAAAACGAUUUGAAUAAAUUAAAAAUUGAAUUGCACGCAUUGCUCAAUAAAUUCAACAUCACAUUGAAAAAAAUAAAAAACAUUAAAUAUACGAAUGACUUUGAUGAUGAUACUAUUUGUGUAGAACUUAGAAAUAUAUCAAUUAUUUGGAGUGACAUAAGAGGGAUUAUGAACUAUUUGAGCAUCACAUGCAAUUUAAUAUACACCAUGAAGCAAAUGACAAAUGAAUUAAUUAACAUAAGUGAAGAUUUUGAUAGUACAUUGAUCAUGAAUACAACUCCAACCAAUAAUGAAGAAAUGUAUACAAUUAUUGAGACAUACCCAUUAAAUCCAAUGUGUGAAUGGCAUCUGCCUACAGCCAGUGCAGAUAAUGAAAGAAACUUUUUUGCAGAUGGAUAUUGUGUAGUGAUGAUUGUUGAAACUGAAGGAACAUUAAUAAAACAUGACAAAAGCUUAGGUGUAAUACAGUAUUCUGAUGAAUGGUUUGGCUUUUCAAGUAUUCAAGCAGCACUACAUUUUGGUACCAAACCAACAUACUAUUUGAACCACUUUUUAAACUUAGUGAAGUCUAAAACACAUUUAUUAUCAUUUUUCAACUUAUAUGAACAAAUGGCAGAAACACAACAAAAUCCCAAUAAAAUAAUUAGGGAAAAGGAGAAGUACAAAGAUGCACAAGUGCAAACAGCACUUUAUAUACACGACACAGGUUCCAUAAGCAACAUCACCCAUAAUUCAAAGGAAAUAAAACAAUGUAUGAAAAAGAAUAAGAAAGUAAUUGACACUAUCGAUAAAACAUUAAAAGUAGCAACCCGAAGUGCACAAACUGUAGAUGUUUAUAAAUCAGUUCAAGUGCAAACCAAAUUAUGUGAUGUUGGCUCUAACACUAUGAGUGAAAAAGCCACAAACACAAAUCAGUCAGUUCCUCAAUCAUCCAUACGGUUUAAAAACAUGCCUUAUGCAGGCGUAGAGUUUUACGAUAUAAACAGUUUAGUAUGCUCAACUACAACAAUAAGGUCCGCUAUCAAUUGUCAAACAAAAUUCAAAGACUAAAAACAUCAUAGGCAUUAAAUUAUUAUUAUUCAAUUAUAAAUUAAUUAUAAUAAAAUUAUGAUGUAGAUUAAUGUCUUAAAAUUAUUGUAAAAGUAUUCUAAAAACACAAAAAUGCUUGUUAUAAUUGUUUACAAAUACGUUUAUACAUUCAAACAUUUAUAACUAGAUAUUAAUACCUAGCAAGUGUGCAAAGUAUGAAAAAAGUUAAAAAAAAAAAAAAAUAAUAAUAAAUUUCACUCAAAAAUGACAUCAACCUAUAUCGCAUGUCAAGACCAUUUAAUUAAAAUUUUUUUUUUUU